CUUCCCAGGAGCUGAGAUCUCUCUGUCUUCUCUCGACUUCAGAUUGUGCUGCCUUCUUCCCUCAAAGCUGAGAUCUCUCUGCCUUCUUUCCUCAGAGCUGAGAUCUCUGCCUUCUGGAAGCCAGCUCUGUGAGCGCAGGUCCAGGCCAGCCUCCUGCCCAGGAUGAGAAAGGAAGGACCUCUGCCCCUCUGGGAUCCUUCAGCCUCCCCAGCUCAGCCUGCAGAGGACCAAGGCCUGGCCCAAGCAGGGAGCCUGGAGCCAGAGGGAAUGGCCCCUGGGAGCAGCAGCCCCCCGGCCCAGGAGUUGGUGACAUUUAAGGACGUGGCUGUGGACUUCACCCCAGAGGAAUGGGGCCUCUUGGACCAUCCUCAGAAGGAAUUGUACAAGGAGGUCAUGCUGGAAAAUGCCCAGAACCUGCUCUCCCUGGGGCUGCCAGUGACUAGAGAAGAUCUGAUCUCUUAUUUGGAGGAAAGGGAAGCACCAUGGCUGUUGGAGCAAGAAGGCCUGAGGAGCUGCUGUCCAGGAGAGGUUACACCUGAAAUGAAAGAGACUACUGAAAAACUGAACAUUUCUGUGAAAGAAACUCACAAGCAAAGCUUCAUGAGUGAUGGUCCCUAUGACAUCACUGGGAGACAAAUCUGUGCUGGACUUCACAGAAUCCACACAGGAGAGAAACCUUAUGAUUGUCAUCAUUGUGGGAAAGAAUUGAGUCAACAGUCAUCCCAUAUUUACCAUCAAAAAAUUCAGACUGGAGGGAAACCACAUGAGUGUCAUGAAUAUGGUAAAGCUUUUAGUGAACACUCAUCCUUCCUCAUACAACAGAGAAUUCACACUGAUAAAAAACCUUAUGAAUGUAACCAGUGUGGAAAGGCCUUCAGAUAUAAAAGUCAUCUUGCUAAACAUCAGAGAGUCCACACUGGAGAGAAACCUUAUGAAUGUGAUCAGUGUGGAAAGGCUUUCACACAGAGCUCCAACCUUGCUGAACAUCAGAGAAUCCACACUGGAGAGAAGCCUUAUGAAUGUAAUCAAUGUGGAAAGGCUUUCAGAUAUAAAAGCCAUCUUGCUCUACAUCUGAGAAUCCACACUGGUGAGAAACCUUAUGAAUGUGAUCAGUGUGGAAAGACUUUCACACAGAGCUCCAGUCUUGCUACACAUCAAAGAAUCCACACUGGAGAGAAACCUUAUGAAUGUAACCAAUGUGAAAAGGCUUUCAGAUGCAGCUUCAGUCUUGCUGUACAUCUGAGAAGCCAUACUGGAGAGAAACCUUACGAAUGUAACCAAUGUGAAAAGGCUUUCAGAUGCAGCUUCAGUCUUGCUGUACAUCAGAGAAGCCACACUGGAGAGAAACCUUAUGAAUGUACUCAGUGUGGAAAGGCUUUCAAACAGUGGGCCCAUUUUGCUAGACACCAGAGAAUCCACACUGGAGAGAAACCUUAUGAAUGUAAUCAGUGUGGAAAGGCUUUCAAACAGAGGACCCAUUUUUCUCUACAUCAGAGAAUCCACACUGGAGAGAAACCUUAUGAAUGUGAUAAAUGUGGAAAGGCUUUCACACAGAGGGCCAGUCUUGCUGUACAUCAGAGAAUCCACACUGGUGAGAAACCUUAUCAAUGUAAUCAAUGUGGAAAAGCUUUCAGAUGCAGCUCCAGUCUUGCUACACAUCAGAGAAUCCACACUGGAGAGAAACUGGAUCAAUGUCAUCCACAUGAAAAGGCUCUCAGUCGCAGCUCCACUCUUGCUGUACAUCAGAGAAUCCACAGUGGACAGAAACCUUUUGAAUGUGAUAAAUGUGGAAAGGAUUUUACAAAGAACUUCAGUCUUGCUGAAGAUCAUAAAAGCCACACAGAAGAGAAACCUUUUGAAUAUAAUCAAUGUGGAAAGGCUUUCAAAUAUUGCCCUGAUCUUACUCUUCAUCAGAGCAGCCACACUGGAGAGAAACCUUAUGAGUAUCUAGAGUGUGGUAAGGCUUUUAAUACCCACUCUUCCCUUCCUGAACAUUAGAGAAUCCAUACCAGAGGAUAUACCUCAUUAAUAUGAUCUACAUGGAAAAUCAUUCAGACUAAAGUCAUCCCUUAUUUCUCAGCAGAGAAUUCACAGGAGAUAGAAAUUAUAUGCCUGUCAUGAAUGUGGAAGGGCAUCCAAAUGGAGUACAGAGCCUGUUAGACAUCAGAAAAGUCAUUUUGGGAACAAGCCCCAUAAGGACUCAAUGUGGGGAGGCCUUCAGCCAGAGAUCAUCUCUUCCUUUAAAUAAAAGAUUCAUAGUGUAUAGAAGAUUUAUGAAUGUGCUCAAUGAGGUCCUGCCUUUCCCUGGAAGAUGGAGGUCACUAGACAUCAAAAACUCACAAUGGACAGAAGCUUUAUAAAAGCAAUAAUUAUGGGAAGACCUUCACCUGAAGCUCAUACAUGCAUCUACACUGGAAAAAAUCUUGCUGGAGAUAAAACUUACAGAUCUAAUUAAUGAGAGACGGUCUCUUCAUGCAGCACAGUCCUCAUGAAACAUCACGUAUUUUAUACUGGGCAUGGAGUCCUGGAAAUAGAUGGCAUUUUUCUCUGAAAUCUUAAGGUUUCUCAUGACUCCCCUAAAACAUUCCAUGGCAUUCUUCCACCACUCCCUACUUGAUUGGUGCUCACUUCAUCUCAUGACGUUGGCUGAUACAAAAAGCCCUCAUAUAAAUAUCUGAGUAUCAGCUGGACAUUCACUUUGUGAUGUUUUAAUCUGCUGGGUGGCAUGAUGGAUAGAAGGCUAUCCCUGAAUCCACAAAACCUCAGAUCAAAUUCAGUUUCCGAUGGUUACCGGCUCUGUGUCCCCAGACAAGCCACUUAACCUAUUCCUGGAUGUUUCCCUGUCUGUAGAAUGGGAGUGAUAAGAGCAGCUGCCAGGGUCGAUGAGAGGAUCCAAUGAGACAGUGUUUGUCAAGCACUUCGCAAGCAUUCAAUCCUAACGUGAAACGAACUGCUUGUGAGCUCACUACUGUUAUGUCUCCCUAGGUCAUGAGUCUCAUAGCAAAGUGUGUGGCCUAAAAGGUAUGGGUACUUUAGUCACUUUUUCUCUUUCUUCCAACUGACGUUCAGAAGAGUGUAAGUGAAAGCAGGAUGCUGCGAUGGAUAGGGAGAAGAGUUUAGAGUUGGGAAGACGUGGCUUCAUAUCUUGUUUCAGAUGCUCUCUCUCUCUCUGUGUGUGUAACUCUGGGUGAAGAAUAACUUCUCUCUGCCUCCAUUUAGUCAUCUCUAAAAAGGGGAGGUUGUAUCAGAUUGACUAAUGUGACAGAAAAGGAAAAGAUGUGGGAAAAU